AUGAAGAUUCGAUUUAAAUUCCGCAACAGAUUCCACGUUCACGAAAUUUCUGCGGAAGAUGCGCAUGUGAUAGAUCUACUUCGAUUGCUCUGUAAGUGUUUUUUUUCACCUUCCGGACGGACCAAUUUGUACCAUAGUCCAAACGUCCAAAUCAGUCUGAAUGCGAAAGAUUUCAUAGGGCUAGCCGAGUCGGACGUUCCAAUUUCCACUGUCGGAAUUGUCAACGGUGACAUUGUUUACGUGCAAUCCCUAGAAUUACUGGACGAUAUUCGACAUUCCAUGGAGCACGAGCUCUUCACUUCUGUGGAUGCUUUGUGCAACCGAGUGUCGCUUGCCAACCACAAUGUCCUCUCGUUGUUCGUUUUGCCCGUCUAUUUGUGCGCUAACGAGAAGAAACUCCAGGUACUGUACGUUCUCUGUGAUCACCGGGUUGACCAGUCCUCCAAUGAGUUGGUUGAUGUGGUCAAUCUGGCUUCCACUGCUCUUCGCUUGCGGUUCGUUUAUGCUUCGACUCCUGAGAUCCAUAUCACCUUCACCGUUUACACGGUUGGCAACCUGAUCUGCAUGGCAGCGAGCUGCAAGGAAGCCCAACUGGCCCGACAACUGAUCCUAUCGCUUCGUGAUUAUCUGGUCGUUUCGGCGCUCGGUCAACAAGUCAUCCCUACACCCAGUUUCCUUUUCAAAAAUCUGCAACUGCUUUCCAACCGAAUCAAAGAUGAAUUAAUCGAGCCAAUGUUAGUGAACAUUCAUGCUGAGCUAGGAAUGCCAGAAAGGAUAAUGCUCACGAAUCUCCCCUUUGAAAUACUGACCCGAAUACUUCUGUACCUCCCUCUUUCCACACUGGGCAAACUGAUGCUGUGUAACUCAUUUCUCUAUCAACAAAUCAAAUCUUGUGCUCCUGUUUGGCGUGCCUUGUUGGCCACCCUGAACGCAAAGAAACAACCGCUCUUGAAUGCGGCGCUGACCCGGCAACUUCGAAUGCAACAGCAGCGGCAACAACCACCAGCUGAAUCUAAUGGGGAACCUGCUUCCGAACCUAAUGAGUCGAACACACAAAAUGACAUUGCGCCCAUUGAAGUCCCUUCAAACGUGGAGGAUCUCAGUGUGGACGAAUCUCCUGGACAUCCCACCCUCUCCUACGAGGUCGGGUGCGAUAUUCGCAUCGCCAGUGCUUCAAUAACGGCUUGUUACCGUACAUCAUUGAUCAACAAACAAUUUGUUAUCCACUCGCUUGCUCACGAAAUUUCAGGUUUACGCUUUGCUCCCAAGCCCCCCCCCUCCGCGUGGUCCAUCCGCUCCGCCUAUAUCCACUCUCUAAACCUGACAUGUCACCCAAAGGAAGCACGAGGCUUGAGGUACUAUCAGGUUGUCCGAACCUGGACGAGAUCAUUCGAGAUGCGGAGUUUGGGUCCAAACCACAAACCUUUCGGUCGACAAUUUCGCGCCUUAACCAACGGGCUGUCUGUCCCGUACACCAUUAGUUCACACUUGGCUUGUUUACCUCAUGGCCAACUGUUGGACUAG